AUCAUUGACGUGAUUGCGGCCCAACGACGAUGGGGCAAGUAACGAGUUGGUGCCUUGGAGAUGAUGAACACGAUCAUGUGUUGACAUCCCUGAAGGAGGACAGGGCGUCCACGAGGACAGCUGCGUCCAGCGGAGCAUCACAGGCAACGGGGUCUGACCAGAACGAGCAGACUGCGAUUUACCGGUCACGUCCCAAAGCGAUCAUGUCGUCAGGUCCGAUGUAUGCGGCGGGGACUUUUGAAAACAAAUACGCGCUCAAGUCCGUCAUCGGCAACGGCAGCACGUCCAUUUGUCACUUGUGCGAGGAGAAGGCGACCAAGAAGCAUUUUGCAUGCAAGGUCAUCGACAAGCGCGCGAUCCAGAGCAAGAGCGACGACUUGCUCGAUCAAUUCCAGGUGGAAAUCCAAGUGCUGCAAUCCCUCGACCACCCCAACAUCAUCCACAUGGAGGACGUGUACCAGACGGAUACCCGCAUUUGCAUGGUCACGGAACUCAUGGAAGGCGGCGAGCUCUUCGACUACGUCGUGCAAAAGGGGACAUUGUCCGAGGUUGAAGCGAGCUGCUUGGUGCGCAAAAUCACGUCCGCCAUCGCGUACAUGCAUGCGUGUGGCGUGGUGCAUCGCGACCUCAAGCCAGAAAAUGUCUUAUUGACGUCGCCAUCCCCGAAUGCCGAGAUCAAAAUCAUCGACUUUGGCCUUGCGAAACUUCUCCACGACAGCCAAACGCGAUCAUUUCUAGGCACACGGGUACUAUUCAAUUGGCAAUAUUCUAUUGGUUGGAAAAAACACUGUCUAGGCGAAAUAUAUAUAUAUCCAUUUGUUGCUGAUAUAUUAUAUAUCAUGGACGUGCUAUGUAUGGGUAGGGCUACCUCGCCCCGGAAAUGCUUCGCCGGCAGUCGUACAGCAAGUCCAUCGAUGUAUGGGCGCUUGGUGUGAUUGUGUACGUGUUACUCUGUGGAUGCCUUCCCUUCAACGACGACGGCAGCAAAAUCACGAGUGACAAGGCUGCUCGGGCCAAGUUUGGUCUGCGGUUUCCACGGUGGGCCAGCGGGUUGUCUGACAGUGCCAAGGACUUGCUGCGGCAUUUGCUAGAAGUCGACUCGGAGAAGCGAUACACGGCAGAACAAGCGUGCCUUCAUCCGUGGGUUACUGGCCAGCGCACGCCCAACCAGUUCCUCGAAUCGCCCAACUACCUCAAGUCCAUCAAGCAACGCCAUCAGGCGGUGGUCGCCGACGCGGUUGCCGCCGCGAACCAAUCGCCGGCCACGGACACGACGCUCCUCCCGGGUCUGCACAGUCGGCGGCUGUCGCACUGAUUGAAUACGAUCAUAUAUUUCUUCGUUAAGUGACGACAAGGGUUGGAUAUAUUUGAUAGUUGAAUAGUAAUUGGGAAUCUGUCGGGUCUGACAGUAGAA